CGAGGACACUGAAAGUUAGUUGAAGGGGCUUCCAGUCAUUACUAUGAGGGGAAGGCGGCAGAAGGGGAAGCGGUUGACGCAAACAGAGUUCGUCGUGCUGAACCAUGGAUGCAUACUAGUAACAUGCUGAACUCCUGCCGGCGCUUGCCGCCAGGAAUCGCUUUGGUUUUUUUUUGUUAAACGCUCUUGCUCGUGGGCGGUCGUCAGCGCGGUUUCUGCACGGCGGUGUGAAGAAAGGAACUACAUGUUAACACAGUGAAUCGUCCAUAUCGCUACUGAAAUGUCUCUGCCAAAGAUCACCCGUCUCCCCUCAGUCAGGCUGCUGAGCUCCAUCCACCACCAGCAGCAGCAGCAGCAGCUCCUCCCCUCCAUCCUCCCUCUCGCUGGGCCCAGAAGAGCUGUGAGUCAGGGUGAAUACAGACGACCCGGCCAGCCCAAAGUAGACAAGUUUCCAUGGCAGCCGAUUAACUUUGGCUUCUCAAAGGGUUUGGAUGGGGUGAAGAAGCAUUUCGCACUCCUGAAGAAGGAGUUUUCUGACCGCUGGGUUGGUCCGAAAGGCAAACCGAUCCUUGAGCACAUGUUGGAGCAGAACCAAGUGCUGUGGGAGUUCAGAGGUCCGGAGAGCCUGGAGCAUUGGACGGUGUCCUCAGAUCAAGAGAUAGGAGGCCAAAGUGAAGUUCACUUGAAGCUCGGCAGAAACCAUAAUACCUGUUUACUGUACGGGACUCUGAGCUCUACGCCCCCAAGGGAUGGGGAAACACGCUACAGUGGCUACUGCACCAUGCGCUCAAAGCAACCACUGGCUUCAUUCGAUAGAAAAGAGCACUAUGAUUGGUCCAGUUUCAACACCCUGCAUUUGCGAGUGCGUGGUGAUGGCCGCCCGUGGAUGAUCAACAUUGCCACAGAAACAUACUUCUCUCACCAGAAAGAUGACAUAUACAACUAUUUCCUGUAUACCAGGGGAGGACCUUACUGGCAGGAUGUCAAGAUACCCUUCUCCAAGUUCUUCCUUACACAUCGUGGGAGGAUACAAGACGACCAGCAUCCUCUCUGGCUGGACAAGGUUAACACCAUUGGAUUUACCUUGGGGGAUAAAGCAGACGGCCCAUUCCAGCUGGAGAUUGAUUUUAUUGGCGUCUGCAAAGAUUAUGCACACACUGAGGAGUUUGCUUACGAAAUGUACAAGAGGAAUCCUGAAAUUUGAGAGCAAGUGCUACAAUACUGCAGAUGAAUGGUUAUGGAAUAAUGAUGGCGUUAUAUUUACUACCAGCAAAUGUACCACCUUCUUGAGGUGGACAACAUAAUACACCCCAUCCACCAUUGCUGGUAACACUUAUUUGACGACACGGUAUAUUUGGAUUCUAGCAAAUGAACUGUGACACUGAAGCACUGAAGAAGUAUUUAUGUGGUUAUAAAAAAUAAGCAAAUGUGGCAUAUUCAGAACUUGUUAGAGGAGAUAAAACAUUUGUAGAACAUUUACAAUUUUCUCAUUCCAGUUCAUUACAUCUCAAGUAAGAAUACAUUU